AAUCGAAUCAGGCACAACGAAAUUUCAUAGGAAAAAAAAAAUUAAAAACCCACGAAGGGAGCGAGCGGAAGGAAAUUUUACCCCUUCUCUUCAUCUCAUCCCUUUCCCGAUCGAUUCCACACGCUCCGCGAUCCUCCGAUCCCACGAAAGAGUUAUCAGAAGUUGCGCGAUGAGUUGGAAACUUCCUAUUUUUGGUGGGGCCCAGCAGCAACAAGCUCCAUCGAAUUUCCCAGAGAUCCCUACUCAAUCAUGGUAUCCUCCCUCCGUGCUUAGCUCAUCUUCACGCCCUUCUACAGCAAGUAGUUCUUCCAGUGUUGGUGGGAGUCAAAGAACUCCAGAUGGUCCUACUGCUCAUGGACAACCGUCACCAGCUGAGGCAGCAGGAAUUAUUGCUCGCUUGAAGGAUAAAAGUGUUGAUGAGUUGCGAAAAAUUUUAGCUGACAAAGAGGCAUAUGAUGCUUUCUUCAAUUCACUUGACCAAGUUAAAAUUCAGAACAAUGUACGUGAUGAACUUCGUAAGGAGACGUUGCAACUUGCCAGAGAAAAUUUGGAAAAAGAACCCCGUAUAUUGGAGCUCAGGAACCAGUGCACUAUAAUUCGAACAACUGAGUUGGCCGCUGCUCAAGAGAAACUGGCUGAAUUGGAGAGGCAAAAGGAGGAGAUUUUGAAGUCAUACUCCCCCGCCGCACUUCUUGGGAAGUUGCAUGAUGCCAUGAUUAAGGUGGACGAAGAGUCUGAGCAACUACAUGCGAAGCUUCUUGAGAAGGAGAUCGACUUACCUACGUUUGUACAGAAGUACAAGAAGCUCCGCACCACUUACCACCGACGGGCAUUGCUCCAUCUCGCCGCCAAGACUUCGGUCUGCUAAUAGCUUGGAUAUGCACUCAUUGUUGUAUCAUUGAAGUUUUUGGUUGUGAUGGACUUCUUAAGCUGCUUUAAAACCAAAUAUCCCCUUUCUACUGCGCGCCGCAAUCUCUUUUUAUUGGUAGUAUCUAAUUUGAUUUCAUUUCUAAGUGCUGGUGUGGUUUUUUGUAGUUUUUGAGGCCAUGCUAUAUGGUUUUAUUUUUAAAACAAAAUCAAGAAAAAUCAUCAGGUUUGUUGUUUUUCGUCCCAGCCCUUUCAAUAUAACUGGAGUUUGUGAAACAUAUAUAGUUUUACCAAAUUUUUGGCUCCCAAUAACAUAAGAGUGGGUUGGAUC